AUGCCUUCAAUAGCUGAAGUACCGGAGUACACGCGUAAACGAAGACGAGAAGAGGAUGACUGUGAGCAAAAGAGUGGGAAAAGCUGCAGUUCAUAUGGAUUCUUUCAUCGUGCCCCUUCUCCCGAGUUCUCGGAUUUAAAUCGCACUUUACAGAGGCCGAUAAAGCCGCUAUCGAAUAAACGUCAACGGGUAAUACCUCUCAACAACCAUGAAGCCCCUAAAUGUUUAUACGAUAUAAUGGAACUCGUGGGGCAAACAAGGAACUCUGAUGCAAUAGAAGUGAAGAAAAAGAUUGACCUAAGUCCAUGCCAUAUAUGUCGGCGGAAACCAACGUCAAAACAUGAGCUUGACGGCUUUGCGGAUUGUGAGGGAUGUGGAGAGCGAACGUGUUAUGUUUGUAUUCGGGAAUGUCUAGGCUCCGGGUCUGCGUUUACCGAUGAAGAUAUGGGAGUGGGGAGAGAGUACGACAUCGAUCCCGAUCGAGAUGAGAUUGAAGGCACACAACGAACUUUAGAUGGUGUCAACAUAUACAAUCGCAUUGUACCACAUUCAGCUCAGCUCAGCUCGAGAAUGGAUCCUCGAGCAACCGAUGCCUGGUGUGAAGCAGAUGAAAUCAUGGGACGCCCGGCAAUCCCCACCCUCACCGAUGAAAACUAUUUCCUACCCUGGUGGGGAAAAUCGUGCUGGGGAUUCACUGUCGCUAGUUUCGUAGACAUAUUCUUUGGCUGGGAUUUUUGGUGGUCUCUGCUCCUCUUCCCUAUUUUUCAAGUUCACCAUUUUCUGGCCAUAGCUACCUUCUUCGGCGUCACUUGCUUCGCGAGGCGGGAUCUUACUAGCGAGGAAGCGUUGAAGCUCGUAGAUGCGAUAUUAGCGGGUGGCGGGUACCUUAUUGCGCUGAUCAGCAUUAGAGCUGUCACUUCCAUGCUUCAUUUUGGCGACUUCGUUCUAAGGUUUCUUUGGGGCCGACCUGUCUGGGCCUGGACCGUUGCUGCGGCCGGUUUUGGUAUAUGGUUACUUGGAGAGAGGAGAACAAGGUGGACUACCUGGAUAUUUGUUAAAAUUAUUGAAGCUGCGACGGCUGUACUUUGGUACUGUAAUUCUUUGCAGUCCAGGACGUCUAUCUACUUCCCUCGAUGGAAACGUGGGAUCUAUAAUUCGUGGGCAUAUCAGAUCUGGCAUGCUGCAGUGGCUAGGAUUUUGCUAUUGGUACUUCGAUAUCCGUUGCUUAAGGAUGUUCCAGAGUUCGAAUAUUCAAUUCUUGAUUCUACCAACAGGCAUAUACGUCUGCUCAAAUUGGAACGAAGAAUUCCAUUUCUUUACAUCCAAGCCAAUCUAAUUACCAUGGAUUUGGACAAUCCAAUACCUUAUGAAGCUAUAUCAUACGUGUGGGGAACCUCACCUAUCAAAGACAAUCCGAUUCUUCUCAACAACACCCGCUUCUAUUUGACUGAUAUAGUCCAUUCCAUCCUUCUCAGGCGAUCUUCUCUGUUUAGGACUCGCUACAUCUGGAUUGACUCUAUCUGUGUCGACCAAUCCAACAUAUCCGAGAGAAGCUCACAAGUCCGGCUCAUGAGGGAAAUAUAUCAAUCUUGUUACCGCGUUUAUAUCUGCCUGGGCGAGAGCGACACAGCAUGGUUGGCUAUGGCACUCUUCUCUGAGCUUGUUCUGCUGAAACAAGUACUUUCACGCGAAGCAUUCGCAGCCCAUACUUUCGCCUACUUCGCGACCCGCGGGAAAGAUUACAACGUCUCUGCAAGACUCUUGGCUCUCAUAGAGUUGUUGCACCACCCAUGGUUUUCUAGAAUCUGGGUUGUUCAGGAAGUCGCAGUGGCGCCAUCCGCCGUCAUCUUAUAUGGAAACCAGAGCUUCAAGUGGGAUUAUUUCACUCUUCUCGUCGAUGUCCUUGGUGUUGAUGCAGUCUCGGAAGUCUCUAGUCUCUUCCACUAUUCUGGCGAGGAAUUUGUUGUGAGAGAAAUGCCAACUAGUCCCGCGCACGCAGCUCUUAUAGAUCUCUGUCGCAGGAAGUGGGCAGAUGAGGUAUCCGUCCCUUUAUAUAUGCUACUAAGAAGGUUCUCGCGGUUCAAAAGUACGGAUGCUAGAGACAAGGUAUUUGCUUUGAUAGGGCUCACAAGAAUUAGGCCUUUGGAGAGUUUGAUCAAUUACGAAAAUGGCAUUUCAGAGGUUUUGUGUCUGGUUGGAGAUCACUUUUUAGAGAGAGAUGAACUGCUGGAAGUACUGCAAUUUGCUGGAAUUGGAUGGAAGGAAUGUCGAGAUGAUAUACCGAGUUGGGUUGCUGACUGGAGCAAAGAGAAGAUUCCCUUUACACUUGCCCAUGGACUACGACCCAAAUUCUCUUACCACGCAGCCACACAUCUUCGACCUAGCAUAAUCUGCGGCUCAACUCCUAAGAGCAUCAAAGUCAGCGCCAAAGUCAUCGGCACAGUCGUGAUUUUGGGCUCAGAUAUUCAGGUCCCCAAUGAUGACCCGCUGGUCGGCGGUAUGCGUGCUUUCAGAUCCUGGGUUCUCGAAGCAUCUUCACUUGCUAUGUCUCAUCUCCCAGACGUCUACCGUUUAACCCGCCAGCCUACCGAUGAAGCUUUCUGGCGUACACUUGUAGGAGACAAAACUGAGACUUCGCGUCCUGCUCCUGCUUCGUUCAAGGAUACUUUUGAUUCGUUCAUGGAGUAUGGGAAGGCGAUGACGGAUCUCAAUGUUGAUCUGGACGACCGGGAGGCGCUCAGUGAGGCCUUGAGAAAGAGUGAAUUCUUUGGUAGUUUCGACGGGUGGAGGGAGGUCAUGAGAGGUGUGAUGAAUGCGGGGUGGAUCUGUUGGGAUAAGGGGUUUGAGAGGAGAUUUGCUGUGCUUGCAGGGGCGAUGAUGGGCUUAGUUCCGUGGGGAAGUGAGCUGGGUGAUGUGGUUAUUGUGCCUUGGGGCAGUCAGGUACCGUUUGUAGUGAGAGAGGUACCCGGGGAUUGGGUCGAUGCGGAUGGUAAGGUGAUAAAGAGGUGGAGACUUGUGGGCGAAUGUUACGUUCAUGGUAUUAUGGACGGGGAAGCUUUUGAGGAAGGAUUUCCAGGAGAUCAGGAGAAUUUUGAGAUAUUUUAG